UCUUGUGUCAGUGACACGCCGCGGUAUUGUGAAUGGGUCAGUGUUGUAGAAAUAAAGGAUCCGGCUUAGGGGUUUAAACGGGUUUUCCCUCAUGUCCCCUUUUGUCAAGUGCACCGUCAGGUAACGGACCUGACACGCGUUUACAGCUCGACAAAAAUCAAGUUUUAAGCAUUGUCGGUACAGAAAUGAAUUUGAGCAAGCGGCUGAUCGUGACCAUUGGCCUGACCUUGAUCCUAGGUCUGCUGCAGUGGCCCAUAUGCGAUGUCAGCGGCCAGGAAGGACCAUCUCCUGCUCAAGUUCUGCAGGAACUGCUGACACGAUAUGGGGACAACGACACCAUCUCAGUCCCUCAGCUUCGAUCGCUCCUCGUGCGGUUAAAUGGGGGACAGAGCGGAGACCACAGCAUACAAACCCCACCAAAGCCCACCAAGACCAAUGCAUCCAAGUGCUUGGCAACAGAUGCUCUGGCCGUGUAUGGGAUGAGUGAAGAGUCCCGUAUAAAUGGAGAGGCCCUGCAGAAGAUCUGUCCCACCAUGUUACAGCAGCUGGACUCUCAAGCAUGUAAAGCCCAAGAGGACCAAGAUCCAGGGACCAGCCCUAAACCCACAGAAGCUGAGGUGUGGGGGUAUGGUUUCCUGUGUGUGACAGUGAUAUCUCUCUGUUCACUGGUCGGGGCGAGUGUGGUUCCCUUCAUGAGGAAAACCUUUUACAAGCGGUUGCUGCUGUACUUCAUAGCCCUGGCCAUUGGUACUCUGUACUCCAACGCCCUCUUUCAACUAAUCCCAGAGGCUUUUGGAUUUGACCCCUUGGAGGACUAUUAUGUGUCCAAGUCUGCUGUUGUCUUUGGGGGAUUCUAUCUGUUCUUCUUCACAGAGAAAGUCUUGAAGAUGAUCUUAAAGCCAAAGGACAAGGGAGCACAUGGCCACAGUCACUUCCCCGCAGAACACUAUGCCAGCUCUAAUGGUGAUCUGGAGGAUGGUGUUAUGGAGAAACUGCAGAAUGGAGAGGCUGGUGGAGCAUCUUCACCGAGAGUAGACGGUGAAGUCAGAGGGGUCGGAGAGGAUGACAAGAUGCUAAGCACAGAGCAGACAGUACAGGACACUCAGAGUUCAGGUGGAGCCAGAACGGGUGGAUGCUAUUGGCUGAAGGGCCAGGGGUACUCUGACAUCGGGACUUUGGCAUGGAUGAUCACUCUGAGCGACGGUCUCCAUAAUUUUAUAGAUGGCCUGGCAAUCGGUGCCUCUUUCACCGCGUCUGUGUUUCAGGGGAUCAGUACUUCUGUCGCCAUUCUGUGUGAGGAGUUCCCGCAUGAACUGGGCGAUUUUGUAAUCUUGCUUAAUGCCGGCAUGAGCAUUCAGCAGGCACUGUUCUUCAACUUCAUAUCAGCGUGCUGCUGUUAUCUGGGCAUGGGCUUCGGCAUCCUGGCCGGGAAUCAAUUCUCUCCGAACUGGAUCUUUGCUUUAGCUGGUGGCAUGUUCCUCUACAUAGCGCUGGCUGAUAUGUUUCCAGAGAUGAAUGAAGUAAGCCGUGAGGAAGAGGAGGCAGGAGGAACUGCCUCUCUGGUCACUUUUGCUAUCCAGAACGCUGGGCUGCUCACUGGUUUUACCAUCAUGCUUAUACUCACCAUCUAUUCUGGACAGAUACAGCUUGGAUAGCAGAGGACCUAACUACAAACUGAGAACCAAAAGGACUAACUUGGUAUCUGGACCUACUGGGCUAAACCUUCAGCAGUGCUGGCUUGUUUUAAAGCCCAGCUGGACUAGGUCAGGACGGAAAUUCGUAUGGGUGUAUUUUGGGCUCACAUUACACCCUGGACUGAGGCUUGAAGUUUGACUGACAUAUUUAGAUUCAUUCACAACCAAGGGUUUGUGGAUAGAUCGUCUGUCGUUUAUCUAGUUUAGGCCUUGACUUUUUCCUUUGCCUCAAGAUAAGCUUUAAGAUACUAAGAUGUUUAUCUGCUUUGCGGAUUCAACAACCCCACUGUAAACAUCUGGGAAUUUGUAAUCAUUUGUACUGUUUUAAUCUUUUUGGCAUUGACUAACGUGACACGAGGGGUGUACACCAAAUACUUUGCAUCCCCCUUUCUUUAAACUGGUCAAAUGAAGGCUUGUCCAGUGCUUCAUACAAAAUCAUAGUUUUGUUAGUUUACAGGGAAUUAAAAAAAAUGACAAAAACAAUGUGACUUUUAGUUUAGCUUCAAAGUUACACAGAUACAGUUGCACACUGUAAGUGACUAUUUUAGUUACGUCCGUUAUUUUUUAUUAUUUGUACUAGUUUCCCAAAUGUCAUUCCAUAUUAGUGAAAAAAAAUGCUGGAGUUGAAAACAAACAAAUCAGUGGCACUUAUUUUUUUGUUAUUAUUGUUUGUGUUUUACCUCUUUAUCAAAGAUUCUGAGACCUAAGUUUUUCUUGAAAGAUCUCCACCAACUCCUUCCUUUUUUAUGACCAGAAUAGGUGGCGAAUCUUUUUCUUUUUUUAUGUAUUGAUUAUUUGUUUUGAAACCAAAUUAAUUUAGACUUUCUUAUGGUUUAUUUGUUAAACCCUAUGUAUUAUUUACAAACAGAGAAACAGUUGAAUGGAUGGAUGGAUGGAUUGUAAAGAGUUAAAUAGACAAAUUAGCAUUAUUUUCCGCCUUACGGAGCUCUUGUGAUGUCAGCUGACUAAGGGCCUUUUUACACCUGGUCACUUCAUGUGUUUUCUCUGAUCGGAUAGCUAUCUGAUUUGUUAAAACUGUUCCAUUUACUUUUGGCCACAUAAAUGCGUCUUGGCAAAACGGAUAUGAAUCCGAUAUUUUACCUCCGCCCAAAAUGCAAAUACACUAUUUAUUACUCCGCCUUAAAAAACUUAAGAUGACAUUUAUGCAACAAAUCGCAGCACUGUAUGUUGUACUGUAUGUUGGGCAGGGGACGCGCGUCUCCUUGCUCGGCAUGAGCUGAAGCUCGCAGUACAGCGCAGCAGGGAGAGCGCGCGGUGAUUUAAUGCAGGUCCAUGACGGAGAAAGCAUUCACAAAACUGUCUCUUAACGUUUAUUUCUUUGUUUAAUAUCAUUUGAGUUUGUCAUUAGACUCUUUUAUUGAUUCUAGGAAGCUUUUUUCCCACUGUCAUCACUCCAUAAAGCAAUAGGCGUGUCAUCUUUGUUUGUUUGGCGCUCUUCCAGCUUACUUGCGAGUGACGUGUUUACGUUUGGGAGGAGUAAAGCGCGACAUAUGUGGUUUCAUCAACCAGAUGCAUUUACACUUUUCUGAAAUGCGUCCCAGACCACCUCCUGAAGUGGUUUGAGCGAUCGGAUUUAAAUCCGUCUCGAAAUCGUUUCAGAGGGCAUUUACACCUGGUCUUUUUACGAUCAGAUAGCUAUCCGAUCAGAGAAAACGCAUGAAGUGACCAGGUGUAAAAAGCCCCAUACUUAUGGUAAAUAUGCUUAAAUUUGGCAACUUGUUAGCAGCUUUUGUGAUAAACAAAAUAUCAUAGUGACUUUGAAAUUCAUGUUUGAAGUAGAGCCCGACCGAUAAAGGAUUUUGAAGGCCUAUACUGAUACAAAUGUUUGUUGGUUUUAAAAUCCGAUAUUCCGAUAUAUCGGCCGAUAUUUUUUUUCUAUUUCGGAAACGCGAAACAAAACAUUAACAGAUUUCCCUAACAUUAGUUAUUUGUAGUUAUUUAUGAGUUUUAACUAAAAUAAUAUGAUAAUGCAUUUUAAAAAGAAACUUGUUUCUUUUAUUGUCUUGUGACCAACUCACCAUGAACUCACUUAACCGUUGUUCUCUCUGCCCGACUCUGGCUGGAUCAGCAGGUUGCAGGAUGUGUGAAGCGUUAUACACGAGUGUUGCCAACAGGGAGGUUGUAGAGUGCCCUCUUGGUGGGCAUUUUUUUAAAAAUAUUCAUUUAUCGGCUAUUAUGAAUGCCGAUACCGAUAGUUUGGAAAACGCCUAAUAUCGGGCAGUAAUAUCGGCCUGCCGAUAUAUCGGUCGGGCUCUAGUUUGAAGUAUGCAAUUUGUUGUAUAUCAAAUCAGAAAAGUCUAAUGGUGAACACACUACUCGAAUUGAACACCACCAUUAUUAAAAUGCAUAUAAAUUCCUGAUGAAACAUA